AUGUCUUUUGCCACCGGUACCGACCCAUACGGGUUAUGGGAGUCGUUCGUCGAACCUACCCCUGUACAAGCUACCACUUCCGCAUCAGUACCUGCAGACUAUGGCAGCUACUAUACGGAAGAAGCCUGCUCGGUAGCAGAACCAGCCGUCUAUUCAUAUCAAACCGCAACCCACGACGCGGAAUCAGCCCCAGUCAGGAUACUGCCAACUGUUCCUCCUAAGCGAAUUGUCAUCUGCUGCGAUGGAACUUGGCAAUCAUCUACGACCGGAGAGAAGAAUAUUCCUUCCAACGUUACCCGGCUGGCCCGUUCCAUUUCCAGAACUGGCGAGAGCCCAGAUGGAAGGAUCUUCCAACAGCUUGUGUACUAUAGUUCUGGUAUUGGAACUGGAGACCUGAGCUUCUUGGAAAAAGAAAGGCAAGGAGGCUUCGGCGUUGGCCUAUCUGGUGACGUCGUCGAAGCUUACAACUUCAUCGUCAACAAUUAUGCUCCUGAAGACGAGAUAUUCUGUUUUGGGUUCUCCCGGGGGGCAUACACGGCUCGAUCUGUGGCUGGCCUUAUCACUGAUAUUGGCAUCAUUCAGCCUCACGAGAUGCAAGAUUUCCCAGAGCUGUACAGCCUCUAUCGAAAACACAAUGAUAGCAAUAACUUCCGCCAGUCCCCGGAGUAUCGUCGGUGGAUUACCGGAGUUCCAGCAAAGGAUGGUGAUUCUUGGAAAUACGAAUUCAGGAACGCCCGCUGGGAUGUGCUCCCGCACAAGAUUCCUGCCGAGAGGACCAGGGUUGUUCAGGUUGUUGGGGUCUUCGACACAGAAUACCCGACUGGGGGAAGCAACUACUUCGACAACUUGCGCCUUUCUUGGGCGUUGACGAUGGGGGGGUUUCAUAAUCCGUGCUUGAGCCCUUUCAUCAAACAUGCGUUCCAUGCGAUGGCUAUCGAUGAGCAUCGCAAACCGUUUUCCCCGACCCUUUGGCACCGCUCUCCGCAGAACCAGAAUGAUCUCCAGGAACCCGAUCAGAGCAUAGUGGAUCUCAGGGAAGGAUUCAUCACUAUCCUCGAAAACGGUGGUGAUGAGACUAAGAAAUCAAAGGCAUGGGAAGACUUCAUAGCUCGCACGAUGUACGAUGAGUUGCAAGGGAGCAACUCAGAGCUCGUCCAAGUUUGGUUCCCUGGUGUUCACAUCAACGUUGGCGGUGGUAAUCCAAAUAUCCUCACUGGUGAUGAAUCUGACUUCGAACGUAAGUUUCAAGUUUCCUCGAAAGAAAUUGGGUUAACAAAUGUAAAACUUGCUCUCAUAUCCUUCGCUUGGAUGUGUGACCAAAUUAAGCCGUAUCUUCAACUCAACGACGACGAAGUAUACAAUACACUCUCUACUCUGGCCGAUCGUGAAGUUGAACAGCGAAAGAGAAUGAUCCAAGACCUCAGAACCACCAAGCCUUUCUGGAAGGUUUUGGACUGUACUGGGGUUUACAAGGCCUCCAAGAAGGGAGUUCCUGAGGACGGAUGGGCUUUGGGUACAAUUGUUGACAGCUUCACUGGCAUGAUGAAGAUGUCAGGGUCAAAAUAUCGUACUCCUGGACGAUACAAGGACGACAAUGCCAGCAAGGACAUGAGUGAGACGAAAGAGGAGAUUCAUCCCUCAGUUUUCUUGCGCCAUGAAACUCUCUCAGCUUAUCGCCCCUAUUCCCUCACUGGCUUCGAGAGAUUCGAGAAAUCAUCAAAGAAGGGUAGCCCCAAUAAGGUCAUGCGGGGAUGGAGGAAUGGCAACCUCGCGAUCCCAGAAUAUGUGAUCAAGCCCACUGAUACUGUCUCGCGGCGAUUGGCUGAGUGUUUCGCCGGCGGGAGGGAGUUUGUUGCCAAGCUGGAUGCUACAGGGGAUGAGGCUUAUGGCUAUAACUGA